GGGAGAGAAGGGAGGGUUGGGGGAAGUGUGGAAAAGCAGAACCUGAGCGGCUGCCGCCUGAGGCAGAUUUGGUGGGAGAAGUAGAGGGGAGGAAACGGGUGGAGGGGUGAGGUGAGGAGGGCAUCUGGAUCGCUGCUCCCGGGCGGCAUAAAGUUCUUCGCGAUGUGGCUGAAGCCCGAGGAAGUGCUCCUGAAAAAUGCGCUGAAGCUGUGGCUGAUGGAAAGGUCCAACGACUACUUCGUGCUGCAGCGGCGUCGGGGCUACCGGGAGGAAGGCGGCGGGGGGCUCACAGGGCUUCUGGUUGGGACUCUUGAUUCAGUCUUAGACUCCACUGCUAAAGUAGCUCCAUUUCGCAUCCUACACCAGACACCAGAUUCUCAAGUUUACCUGUCAAUUGCUUGUGGAGCCAACAGAGAAGAAAUAACCAAACAUUGGGAAUGGUUAGAACAAAAUAUCAUGAAGACCUUGUCUGUGUUUGACUCUAAUGAAGAUAUUACUAAUUUUGUACAAGGAAAGAUAAGAGGAUUAAUUGCUGAAGAGGGAAAACAUUCUUUUGCAAAAGAAGAUGACCCUGAGAAAUUUCGAGAAGCCCUUUUGAAAUUUGAAAAAUGUUUUGGUUUACCAGAGCAGGAAAAGUUAGUGACCUAUUACUCGUGCAGUUAUUGGAAAGGACGGGUUCCUUGUCAGGGUUGGCUAUAUCUUAGCACCAACUUUCUGAGCUUCUAUUCUUUUUUGUUGGGAUCAGAAAUAAAACUCAUUAUCUCCUGGGAUGCGGUCUCAAAACUUGAAAAGACUUCAAAUGUCAUACUGACAGAGAGUAUUCAUGUGUGUUCCCAAGGAGAGAAUCACUACUUUUCAAUGUUUUUGCAUAUUAACCAAACAUACCUUCUUAUGGAACAGCUGGCAAACUAUGCUAUAAAAAGAAUUUUUGAUAAGGAAACAUUUGAUAAUGACCCAAUCCUUGAUGAUCCUCUACAAAUUACUAAAAGAGGUCUGGAAAAUCGAGCCCACAGUGAGCAGUUUAAUGCUUUUUUUAGGCUGCCCAAAGAAGAGACUUUGAAAGAAGUACAUGAAUGUUUCUUAUGGGUACCAUUCAGCCACUUCAACGCUCAUGGAAAAAUGUGCAUCUCAGAAAACUAUAUCUGCUUUGCUAGCCAGGAUGGCAAUCUAUGUAGUGUAAUCAUUCCAUUACGAGAGGUCUUAGCUAUAGAUAAGACAAAUGAUUCCAGCAAAUCUGUCAUCAUUAGCAUCAAAGGAAAAACAGCUUUUCGCUUCAGUGAAGUUAAAGAAUUUGAGCAAUUGGUGGCAAAACUCAGGCUCAAGUGCGGGGCAGCUUCAACUCAGUAUCACGAUAUUAGCACAGAGGUUCCUAUUAGUUCUGAGUCUGUAGACCCAUCUGAUGAUAUUGAGGUACAAUCUUUGAUAUGUCAGAAAGAAUGCAGCAAAACUGUGAACACUGAAGCCUUAAUGACAGUAUUUCACCCUCAGGAUUUGGAGACUCUUAAUUCCAAAACGUUGAAAGAAAAGAUGAAGGAACAGUCCUGGAACAUCCUGUUUACAGAAUGUGGGCGUGGUGUUAGCAUGUUUCGGACCAAAAAGACUCAAGAUCUGGUUGUAAGAGGGAUUCCAGAGACCUUAAGAGGAGAGCUCUGGAUGCUUUUUUCAGGUGCUGUUAAUGACAUGGCUGCUAAUCCUGGCUAUUAUGCUGAAGUGGUUGAGCAGUCUUUAGGGACCUGCAACUUGGCUACUGAAGAAAUUGAACGUGAUUUGCGUCGCUCCCUGCCUGAGCAUCCAGCCUUUCAGAGUGACACUGGCAUAUCUGCUCUGAGGCGGGUACUCACUGCUUAUGCAUUCAGGAAUCCCAAAAUUGGAUACUGCCAGGCAAUGAACAUUUUGACUUCAGUGUUGCUUCUGUAUGCAAAAGAGGAAGAAGCUUUUUGGCUUCUGGUUGCUGUAUGUGAACGAAUGUUACCUGAUUAUUUUAAUCGUCGAAUCAUUGGUGCCUUGGUGGAUCAGGCAGUCUUUGAAGAACUUAUCAGAGAUCACCUUCCCCAGCUGACUGAACAUAUGACUGAUAUGACAUUCUUUUCCUCAGUUUCUCUCUCAUGGUUCCUCACACUUUUUAUUAGUGUGCUACCUAUUGAAAGUGCAGUGAAUGUGGUGGACUGUUUCUUCUAUGAUGGAAUAAAGGCCAUUUUACAACUGGGAUUGGCAAUACUUGACUAUAAUUUAGACAAACUUCUGGCAUGUAAAGAUGAUGCUGAAGCCGUGACAGCUUUAAACAGGUUCUUUGACAAUGUCACUAAUAAGGAUAGCCCAUUGCCUUCAAGUGUGCAGCAGGGUUCAAAUGUAAGUGAUGAAAAAAGCAGUCAUAUUAGAGUGGAUAUUACAGAUUUGAUUAGAGAGUCAAAUGAGAAAUAUGGGAAUAUUCGCUGUGAAGAUAUAUACAGCAUGCGCUGUCGAAAUAGGUUGUAUGUGAUACAGACCCUAGAGGAAACGACAAAGCAGAAUGUGUUGCGUGUUGUAUCACAAGAUGUGAAAUUGAGCCUUCAUGAAUUGGAUGAACUUUAUGUCAUCUUUAAGAGAGAGUUGUUUUUUUCUUACUAUUGGUGUUUGAGAGCUCCAGUAUUGAAGCACCAUGAUCCCAGUCUGCCAUAUUUGGAACAGUAUCAGAUUGACUGCCAGCAGUUCAGAGUGUUGUAUCACUUGCUGAGUCCCUGGGCUCAUUCUGCAAACAGAGACUCACUAGCUUUAUGGACAUUCAGAUUGUUGGAUGAAAACUCCGACUGCCUUAUAAACUUCAAAGAAUUCUCCUCUGCAAUUGACAUAAUGUACAAUGGAAGUUUUACUGAGAAGCUUAAGGUGCUUUUUAAGCUGCAUAUUCCUCCAGCUUAUACUGAAGUGAAGUAUAAGGACCCUUCAAAGGGAGAUGAACUUUCCAAGGAAGAAUUACUUUAUUUCAGUCAGCUCCAUGUUUCCAAGCCUGCAAAGGAGAAGGAAGCAGAGUCAGCAAAAAACAGCCCUGAAAAAGUCGCAAUUUAUUCAGUUUUCAAAGACACUAUAUAACUUAUUUCACGGGGACCCUGAAGAAGAGUUAUUAUAUCAAGCCAUUGCUGUUGUAACCAGCCUUUUGCUCAGGAUGGAAGAAGUUGGAAGGAAACUCCAUAACCCUGCGUCAUCAACCAAAGGAUUGUCUGGUGCAGUCUGUGCUUCUGGAGGACCCAGUGAGGGGCAAACAGAGAGCCACUUAGAGAAAGAUCCCUCCUCUCUCAGGGAAGAACCUCAGUGGUCAUUUGCAUUUGAACAGAUUCUCGCCUCUUUGUUGAAUGAACCAGCAUUGGUGAAGUUUUUUGAGAAACCCAUAGAUCUAAAAGCCAAACUAGAAAAUGCAAAAACCUCUCAGCUAAGUUCUAGAACCAGGAAGUAAAUCUUUUAACAGGAAUUGCUUAUUAUAGGCAUUUACCAAGAUUCUCAUAGGCGUCAGCUUGAUUCCUAGGAGUAGGGAUCAGGGAUUUAUCUUGUUACCAAUGUAUCUGAAGGUUAAAAAGAAGAUAUUUGGAAGCACAAUGAUUCAUUCCUUUGUGGUGUUAUCUAAUUUUGAUAUUCUCUAAUACAAAUAUACUUUUUAUAUUUCACAAGGUAUGCAAUAUCAGGGGGAGUAUGCUAAAUGCUAAAUGUUACCACCAGAGGGCACCACCAUAUCACUUUUAGCAAGGAAAUUACUAGUUUGUGCUGCUAUUUACAUAUGAAUUACUGAUGAUUUUUGAAAAUGUGGUGUUACGUUUGAGUAUUAGUGAUGCUGACACGUCAUAUUGCUAAAUCCUACUUUCCAAAUUGCCUCAGUCCUAUUAGAAUGCUUUAGAAAACCAGGCUCUUAGAUCUGUAGCCUUAAUUAUCUAGAAGAUUACCAUAUGGGAACCUCAUUUUCACGUUAUCUAACUGAAAUAAUAUUAACUUUUUAAAGUUAGUCUCAUUCAGCCUUCUAAUAAUAAAUGGUUUUUUAAUGAAUUCUAUCUUCUCCCUACCUGAGCAGUUCAGAAGCUGCUGACACACUUGUAGCUCUGUUACUGAUAAAAAUAAAGAACUCAAAACUCUGGGCCGAUAUAAGGAAAAACGAUUUUGGAUUUGGAUUUGAGCUGGUUAAAGCCAGCCAAUUCAGAAGGGUUAAUAAACAGUACAAUUAACUGUGUACAGGUCUCUCAUUAGACUGAGAAAUUACUUGAAAUUCCGAGCACUGCUCUUUGUGGCAUUUGUCUCAGAGUAGCUUGAGACUGCUUUGGUUCUAGUUUUAGAUUUUGGAUUUUCACCAGUCAUAUUUUAAGUUACAUUAGAUAGACUGAAUUAUUGUAUUAGUCUGGCAAGUUCAUAAAGUAUAUAGGCAUACCUCAUUUCAUUGUGCUUCACUUUAUUGUGCUUCAUAGAUACUACAUUUUUUUUUGUUUUUGGAUUUUUGGGUUUUUUUGGCUGCUGUAGCUUGCAAGAUUUUAGUUGCCUGCAGGGAUUGAACCCAGGCCCUCAGCAGUGAAAGCACGGAAUCCUAACCACUGGGCUGCCAGGGAAUUCCCACAGAUACUACAGUUUUAUUGAAAAUGAAGGCUUAUGGCAACCCUGCAUUGAGCAAGUCUAUCAGUGCCAUUUUUCCAACAACAUUUGCUCACUUUGCGUCUCUGGGUCACAUUUUGGUAAUUCUCGCAAUAUUUGGAACUUUUUCAUUAUUAUUAUGUUGUCAUCGUGAUCUGGGAUCAGUGAUCUUUUUUUUUUUCUUGUGGGAUUUUUUUUUAUUCAAACAGAAAGUCACAAAAAUUAUAAUCAUCCUCAUCAGUUCACUCAGUCCCAUGUAAUUAAUUUUUUUCCAUCUUGAUCUUUUGUUAACACUUUUAUGAAUUCAACAGUUUUCCAUUAGAGUUCUGAAAAUGCUUAUUUAUUCAGUUCAGCAGUAUAGUCAGUUACCAGAAACCUGUACUUGUCAGAGUCUUUUCAAUGAAUUCCUUGAAGAUGAAGCCCUUUUAUAGGAACAUUUUUGCAAAAGCAUCAGAGUACACCCAGAACUGUCUGUAAAUGACAAAAGACUUAAAUGAUCAGUGAUCUUUGAUGUUACUAAUACGUCUCACCGAAGGCCUAGGUGAUGGUUAGCAUUUUUUAGCAAUAAUAUGUUUAAAGUAUGUACAUCGUUAUUUUAGACAUAAUGCUAUUGCACACUUAAUAGACUACACUAUAGUGUAAACAUAACUUUUGUACACCCUGGGAAAACAAAGAAUUCAUGUGACUCGCUUUAUUGCAAUAUUUGCUUUUAUCGCAGUGAUCUGGAACCAAACCUGCAACAUCCAAGGUGUGCCUGUACUUGUGCGUAAUGAUUGUUAAGAUAAUGUAUAGAAUUUUGGCAUCUAUCUAAAAAGUUGUAAUCUAUUUGAUUUAGAUGUGUAAUUUCUAUAUACUUUAUGCUGCUUAUAUUUCAGUCAUUACAAUGAAAGUUCAUUUAGAGAUAAUGGGCUUUGUUAGCACUUUAAAGAGAAAAAAACACACCUAUCCAAUCUUCUGUGCUGUUUCUGAUAAGAACAAUUUAUUAAUCAGUUGAUUUAGGAAAUUGUGGGGAGAAGUCAUCCAUUGGCGCUUCUUUCUUCACAAAAGACUUUGGUUUUAAGCCUUUUGACUUCUCAAAUUUGAAACAAUGAAAGGGCAGAUAUCCUUUAGGACAACCCAAGAAGUCAAGUCUCCCUUUCUGGAAAAGAAUUGGUAUAGUCAGCCUUUGGCAAGAAUCCACUGUGAACAAAGCCUAACACAGAGGGCUUCAUCACCACAGGAUAUGUUAUUUUCAGAGAUAUUCAAGAAUUUUCAAGUUGACCCUUUGAAAAUUUUGUAAAUUGGGCUUGGCCAAACACUUACUAGUAGUGUCUUUAAAAUGAUUUUGUCAACUUUGUCUUCUCAAGGAAAUUACCACUUAAAGAGAUAGUUGGUAAAUAAACAUCUGUGCCUUUUCUCAGAAAUUAUUUGCCUGAAACAUGUCCAAAUUUUAGAGUUUAAUUAAUAGUUUAUAUGUGAACUAUCACACAUCUGCUAUUAAGCAAUGAUUGUUAAAUUACACUACAAUAGCUCUAUAAAGACACAAGGCUCUAUGCUUAUAUACAAAGGCACUAUUGCACAUACUUUGUUGAACAUUUUGUCAAUUGUAUUUACAAAAAAGAUACUUUCUUAAGAACAUAUGUCAUUAAUAUUUGAUGAUUUUUAAAUCAGAAUAUUGAAGAUUACUUAGUAUUGUAUUUUAGCCUAGAUUAAUUAAAAUUGAAUACCUAAAGAUUUCUGAAUUGCAGAAAGAUUAUAAAUUCAAGUUAAAAAGACGAACAUUUAUUUUCUGAAUCUGCAGGAGACAUAAGCUGAACACAUAGUUUUGUAGUUGCUACCUUGUUAAGCAAAUGGGUUGUUCUUAAUGUUUAAAAUCUUAUGUAGUUGUGUCACACUGAACCAGUGCAUUAUACCUUAUGCAUUAAAUUGUUAUAAAGUGGCUUUACUGGUCUUUAUAAAAAUAAAUGUUAUAAAUCUGUUAAAUAAAUAUGAAGAAUGGCUUACUU